AUGAUGCUGAAAAUUUUGAUUCUUCUCGGUUCUUUUGCAUCAAUUUAUUCGAUUUUUGAAAAACCUAUUGAAAAAUUCUCAAAAGAAUGCGCUUUUUGUUCGGAGAUACCAAUUUUGAGUGAUGACGGGACGACAACAGGGAUCAUCGAUCACACGAGAGAUUUCGAUGGAUGUCACGUUGUCUCUUUCAUGUGUACAAAUCAUUUCUCACCGAGACAGGCAUUCCUCUAUCUGAACCAUCGCCUUUUAAAUCGUCGAUCAACAAUUUCAGCGAUUUGUCGAAGUGAUGGAUGGUUUGUGAGAGGAAUUUCUAAGCAAGAGCCGAUCGAAUCAAUCUUCUGCUCAUCACAAGCGUUG